UGUACAGCCUCGAGUAACUGACAUUAGGCGGCACUGGCUUUUAAGGCCUGCAUGGCAACGCGUUCAGUGGCUACCUUAUAAGUCAUACAGUGAAGCCUCGGUUGGCCUUUAAAUAGACGAAAUGGUUUAGCCAGUAGUAGAGCGAACGUCUGAAGAGUGUUGGACUAGGUGGGGUUCCGUGGCCUACAUAAUGUAUUAAGCAACCAAGCAAUUUUAUUACUUCAAAAGUCGUCGCAGGCAGACCGUGGCCAGGCUUUUGUUACACUUGCCACAAAUAAUAACUACGCCAAAGGUGCUAUGGUGCUCGGCAAGUCCCUAAGGAAUCAUAAGACAUCACGGAAGCUGGUUGCCCUGAUUGGCCCGCGUGUAGCAGAGACAUCCAGAGCAGUGCUUCGUAAGAUCUAUGAUGAAGUCCAGCUGGUUGAUGUGCUGGAUAGUGGUGACAUGGCUCACCUGGCCAUGAUGAAGAGGCCUGACCUAGGUGUUACUUUUACCAAGCUCCACUGCUGGACCCUCACACACUACUCCAAAUGUGUGUUCAUGGAUGCAGACACAAUGGUUGUAUCUAACAUAGAUGAACUGUUUGCGCGAGAGGAGCUGUCGGCUGCACCAGAUCCUGGCUGGCCUGACUGCUUUAACUCUGGCGUGUUUGUGUUUCAACCAUCUUAUGAAACUUAUAGAAAGCUUCUGACGGCCUGUAUGGAACAGGGCAGUUUCGAUGGUGGGGAUCAGGGUGUCCUGAACAGCUUCUUCAGUGACUGGGCAACCGCAGACAUCUCCAGGCAUCUUCCCUUCAUUUAUAACCUCAGUAGCAUUGCCAUCUAUACCUAUCUUCCAGCAUUUAAGCAAUAUGGUCACAAUGCAAAGGUGGUCCACUUCCUGGGUAAACUGAAGCCCUGGGAUUAUGUAUAUGAUGCUACAAGUAAGUCAGUGAAGGGUCAGACAUCUGGCAUGCAGCCCAACUAUCUUCUGCAGUGGUGGGAUGUGUUUUCCUCUUCAGUGGUGCCCCUAAUGAAGGAGGAAUACAGUGAACAGCCCUUUUACACAGCCUGCUCUGAGGAUAACAGCCAUGUGGAGGCAGCUCAGAUGCAACUCUCUCAUCCUACUCCAUCACUGCAGAUAUCUUCGCAGGAGCGCAAGCAGAGGUGGGAGCAGGGACACGCUGACUACCUGGGCAUGGACUCUUUUGCAAACAUAGAGAAAAAGCUUGAUUCCUUCCUCAAGUGAAGAGCUCUGAGAAACGUUGCUUUUUGUACUGCAUACUAUAAGAGCAUGAAAUCAACAGAUCUAACCAAAAAAUGUGGAAACUUGCUUUCUUAAAAGUUGUCUGGUUAUUUAUGUGGAUCUUAUGAUUCAACCCAUAAGUAUUUUUCUACGUGUUUAGAACACCUAUGCACUUCAGCUAUCUAACCCCCUGUUUAUAGAUCUCACUACACACUGACAAGAGUCUGGAUACACCAAGGGUUGGUUUUCCAGGCAGAUUAAACCUUGGAUUAAAUUAGAUUUCUAUUUUAAGGUCUUGGCCCAUGGUGUCCAACACCAGAUGACGCUGCACUCCCUGGUCAUGUUUAAAUUUAUUUUUUUUUAAUAUAUAUAUAUAUACAUAUACAUAUACAUACACACACAUACAGUACACAGAUCCAGGUUUUGCCUGCUUUUCAAAAUGUUUGCUGAUAAAUGAAUUAGUAUUAUAAUUUGACUAACUGCACCUUUUUGAUUCUUUUAAAAAUAUGACCCCAUGUCUGUGCAUAAAUCUGUCAUGUUAAGUGCAUCCAAGCUCUUGGAGUUAUCAGAAGUUGCCAUUAGUCAAGUAUAAACUACUUUGACACAUUAGCUAGGCUCUUAAUUAUGUAGUUGCCCACACAAACUAGGUUUUCAUUUGGGGUUUUUCUAGUGUUUUCAUGCCUGUAAUAUGUACAAUAGAGAUCUCAGUACUGUCAAUCAGUACUCCAGUAGCUGCAUAUAACCCAUUUCAUCUCUUUUUUCCAACCUACAAAACUGAUCAGCCUCUGCAUGAACAAAUGUUUUGGCACAGGGAAAACACAAUUGUUAUAUAAAUACUCCAGAUGCAAGGGUAAACACUUAACUAGGCACAGUUAACAGCACCUGAGGACAACAAUUGGUUUGCUUUUAUGUAGAAAAGUAAUUACUCAGUAGUGCAUUGUCAAUGGCCUUAUAUUCAGUAUGUUAUUUACAAGAGCUUGGGACAGAUAGGUAUCCUUUACCUUAAAUCCUCAGUGGAACACUGCACCCACAAACACAGCUGAUUAAUGAAUGCUCAAAGGGGACCAGUUACUACAACUUUCACAAUGCUUGUGGGUGUAACUGCUUUGAAAAGUGUUGGGGACAAGUGUGGCCCAGCUGUUGUAGUCGAUUCAACUGCCCCUCAUUCACAUUCCCUUAAAGAAGUCAAGUCCUCAGCUAUGAGCAUUCACUGAAAAAGUGGCACUGAAAGGAAAAGGUUUUAAUGUCAUGUAUGUCAAGCCUCUUCUCAUUGAACAAUACAAGAAGCAUCAUCCCUAUGGCUUAAAAUAUUUGUAGUACAAUUAUUUAUUUUGAUUAAAUCAUGUUUUGUUUCUCAA